CAUUAAACUAAAACAUAGUUACAUUUUCCUUUCUCUCUCUUUUCAUUCUUUUGUUUGAAAAAUCAUCAAAAAGUUCAUUACAUCUUCCCAGGUUUUGAAUCUGAAAACAAAGAUGAAGGACGCAGAUGUUUCAAGGCAGAUCCAGCAGAUGAUCAGGUUCAUCCGCCAAGAAGCCGAGGAGAAAGCUAAUGAAAUAUCCGUUGCUGCUGAAGAAGAAUUCAAUAUCGAGAAGCUGGAAAUACUUGAAGCUGAAAAGAAAAAAAUCAAGCAAGAGUAUGAACGAAAAGCCAAACAGAUUGACGUUCGUAGAAAAAUUGAAUACUCAACACAAUUGAAUACAUCCCGAAUAAAAGUGCUUCAAGCACAGGAUGAUGCAGUGAAUUCCAUGAAGGACGCUGCUAGAACGGGUCUUUCGGGUCUCUCAAAUGACAAGAAAGUAUACAAAAAACUCGUCAGAGACAUGAUUAUUCAGGGUUUACUACGCUUGAGGGAACCAUCUGUGCUGAUAAGAUGCAGAGAGAGUGAUCGUAAGCUAGUUGAGUCGUUGAUAGAGGAAGCCAAAAAAGAAUAUUCAGAGAAAGCAAACGUGCAAGCCCCUAAAAUUACCCUUGAUGAUCGUGUUUAUCUCCCACCACCACCUAAGAAAAAUGCUGCCACGGAUUCCCACGAACCUUUUUGCUCUGGAGGAAUAGUGUUGGCCUCAGAGGAUGGGAAGAUUGUGCUGGAAAACACCCUCGAUGCACGGUUGGAUGUUAUUUUUCGACAGAAACUGCCCGAGGCAUAUAAGAAAGAUGUUGUUAGCUUGAACACAACAUGCUUCAGUUUGAACUCUCUCACUUUUGAAAUUGAAGAUUAA